CCUGCCAAGUGCCGUAGCCCGCAGCCACCCAGAGCCUCUUAUCGGCGUUCCCUUCGUUCUACUCCGAUCCCCUCUCCAAGCGGCACAUCUACAUCCUUCCAGCGCACCAAAUGCUUUGGAUUGCGUUGCUUAGCACUAAAGACUAGAUGCCCUUAUGCGAUUAUAUAUGCUCAAAAGCCUGUGGUGAUAGCUCAAGCCACAUGAAUGUAUUAGAUCAGGUGAAAGGGCAAGAGUUUCGAUCAGUGGGCAGGCCGCAGGCGCAAACAAACAGUUGACAGGGUAGACUCAAGGCAAUAGUGAGGAAGUGGCCGAUCUGUUGAGGCCGAUGGAGGCAGAUAGCAUGGUGGCCAUGGGCUGCGGAGGUUUCUACUGGCAGUCGCCUCCGCGCUUCCUCCUUGAACCCCUCGACCUAGCCGACAUCGUCGACAGCAUGUACGUGCCGACGAACGAGGCUGAUGAGCCCGUAUCCGGGCUCUGCUCAUCGAACCGGCCGGCGGAGGAUUACUCCAGUUCGGCCGAGGGCGCCAACUCCUGUUCCGCGGCGGUGGUUCCGUCGCCGCCGCCGCCUCCGGGCGUGACGACGACGACGACGAGGAACAUGGACAUGGAGAGGACCCGCCGCAGGAAGCUCAACGAGAGGCUCUACGCGCUCCGGAGCGUCGUGCCCAACAUCACCAAGAUGGACAAGGCGUCCAUAGUCAGGGACGCCAUCGCCCACAUCGAGCAUCUGCAGGAGCAGGAGCGCCGACUGCUCGCCGAGAUAUCCGUUCUCCAGUCUUCUGACGACGGCACCGCCGCCGCCGCCGCCGUCAAGACGGAGGACGCUGCCGCCACUGGGGGUGCUGCGUACGACGUCGACAGCGUCCCCUGGAGGAAGAAGCCGAGGGCGGUGCCACUGCCGUCCGUGUAUUUCACCGACAACCCGACGAGCUCCAUCUCGUCAUCUCCGCCAGUCCGAAUCCUGGAGGUGCAGGUCUCGCAGGCAGGGGAGAGGGUGGCGGUGGUGAGCCUCUGGUGCAGCAGGGGCAGGGACGCCGUGGGCAAGAUUUGCCUCGCACUGGAGCCGCUGCGCCUCCGGGUCGUCACGGCCACCAUCACCGCGCGCGGCGACACUGUCUUCCACACACUGUUCGUGGAGGUAAUUAAGCAGCCUGCUAACUACAGCUUGCCGCACGACGGAAAUUACUGUGGUUGCCCUUGUACGUGUGCGUGCCUACCUGAGAAGUCAGCUUCGGCACUCGCGAACCGAUGGCGUCACCGGGGUGACGUCGCGCGGGAUGACGUACGGAAUGGUGCUCCGUUGUGGUUGUCGUCGUCGUCCUUUCGGCAAAAAUUAGGAGCCGGAGUAGAUGUUGGUCUCGAGGUUUCAUCAGUGCUGGCCGAUCGACGACUAGUAAAGUACGUCAAGUUUCUGCGUGGGAAACGGGCGCGCGACAUUUUAUAUUUUGUUCUACUGACGGUGAAGGAUUGAAGAAGCCUUCGUGUCAGUGAUAGCACUGAAGAAUUAAUAAAUCGGUUUUUAAGGUGGUGGCUUUAGUUGUUGGUGUACUCAUUUUUAUUUUUAGUCAUGUUUUUUCUCAGAUUAUUAUUUUAGUGCUAUAGAGCAGAAGAACAAAAUUAAGCAAAAAAUACGAUCCAUAGACACACACUAACUUUAUACAAAGACCAAAAGAUAGCGAAAGAAUAAAUCUUUGGGGUCAGUCAUCAGUGGAGUGAGAGGAACCGUCAUUAGCUUGGAUGCCAUCUCCAGGUGGCUUUCUUGAACGUGAAGUCGUCAACAGUCCCUUGAUUGGCAGGCGCCCCUAUACAUACAUGUAGGCCAAAAGGGGCAUGUCACCCUCUUGCUGAUUGAAAACUCACUUAUGUAUCAUGUAUGCAGCUAUUAAACUGAUUAUUAAAAAUCAAUAAAUAAUAAAAUAUGAUCUUGAAACUGAAAGCCGCACUAUUUGGGGUCGGUCUGGAUCCCUUAAACUCGUCGAUAGUUCGAUCUUUAGAUGAAAACUUCGGUUGGUUAAUUCAAUUAAUGUUUUAAUGAAAACUUAGGUGACUGCAGUUUAAACGACUGCAUCUGUCAUCCUGUGUUGUUUGGAUACAUGGAACUAGUAGUAGUAAAGUAAAAUUCGGUCCACCUUUUGGUACACCGUAAGGAUGAACCAGGAUCAAAAUUCUGUGAACUAAACUGAUUGUAUGGCCGUCAGACGUUCUGUGUUUUUGCACUACUUGGUCUGACGAGAGGAUGGACGGCCAAGGACUGGGGACACUACUACACAAAGAAACAACAAAGCCACUGCAGAAUUCUCUAACCUAUAUCUGUGGAAAAAAAACUAGCUACACUCCGGGGCUGAUGCAGGAUUUAGAGACUGUGUAUUCAAAAUUUAGAAUGGUAGUUUUCCUGAUAUCGCCUCAAAAAUAGAGGAAGAGAACCGCGAGGCGGGGUAGUCUUUAUUUUUCAGGCGAAUGUUUGAAUAUCAUGUCAUUAUGUGUAGUUCUAAUUUUUUUUAAUUCAUGUAUAUAAUAUAUGUACCAUUACCAUGAAUUGAUUGAUGUAGGCCCAACCCGGAGCCUACACUUCUAUCUUUGCUCUCAUAUAACGCAAAAGGUGUUGUUCUCUAGACAGGAGAAACAGGUGGCGCUCGGCUAAAGGAGGCGAUACUGGCUGCUCUCGCUCGGCUCAACGUCCUCGCUAACGCUGACCAAGUCGUCCAUGAGUUACUGGGAUGAUUGAUGCGGUGGCAUCUUGGACAGCAACACCUGGUGUUGUUGUCGUUGUCAGCACUCUCGACUGUCCGAUUCAAUAAUGAUGUACCUCAGGAAUGUUUGAAUAUGAUAUCAUUGCCAUUUCUUGGCCUGAAGUACAAUAGGAGUCACAUUAUAUUUACAUAUAUUACCUCCA